AUGCUUUCGGAUGUGACAUUGCACAAACUUGUCAUUGAACCCAAAAAGCCUCCGACGGUUGAGUAUGCUGAGGGCUCAUCGAUGACAGACACUCUAAAAAUGAAAGACCAAGAGAUCGAUCCGAUGGAGAGACGAUCAGUCGCUACUGAAACGGAAGCCGAAGAAACUAAGGCUAGUGCCGAAGGAGUUACGAUCAGCGAGGAGACUAUCGCAUUAAUGGAGUCAUUGAUUCAUGACUCGUCUACAUCUCGAAUCUAUGAUCGUUUGUUACCGUUUCAUACCACCAGUCUCGUACAACUGCAACCAAUUCGUACAUACCCGGUUCCACUUCUUCUGUCUGAGACACUACCGGUUGUCUCUAUUUCGUGUGGUUCAGCUGGCCGUACUGCUAUACUUGUAGGCGAAUCAGAACAUGAGACUUGGUGCAGCCACGAAGGGAAGGUGAUAAUCACUCAAAGAAGCAAGGCUACAACCAUUCCAUUAGCAGUAUGCCCAUCAAGCUCUUCUUGGUCUCCACAUGGAGUUCUUGCCGUCGGAGAUGUCGCUGGCGAUGUCCACGCGGUGAUUGGCGAGGCGAUUGUUGGCGUUGCAAAGGUGCACACACAAGCCGUAUCGUUUAUGGAGUGGAUAUCGCCUUCACAAAUUCUUUCCUGUGGAGUGGAUGGUAACAUCACAUUGCUGCAGCUCAAAGGAACGUCAUUUGAUAUUAUCAAGACAGUGAAGUUGACCGUAAGCGACCUGCCACGUAUCAUACGAAAGUCUUCGUCGUCCGUCAAAGCAAUAUCUGUCGUUUCAAUGAGCAGGUUUGGCUCUGAAGUAUGUGUUGCAACAGAGACGGGCGGAAUAUGGAUCUUUUCGCUACCAGAUCUCCAUUCAAAGACCGUCCCAAGUGAACCUCAAGCAAUUCGUACGGUAGUCUACUCACCACCGUUGAUUGCACUAUCAGGAGAAGGAGAAUCGUCAACUCUUAUGGAUAGCGAUGGAACUUUCAUGGAGUCGCUUUCUAUAGAUUCUGAUCAAAUAUGCAAAAUAGACGAGUUUUUGCUAUUUUCUGAUGGAUCUAGGGUCCUUGUGUACGAUUUGAGUACUAGCAAUGUCGUGCUCGACGAAAAAAGAAUUAUGCAAAGUUUUUGCACUACACCGCAGGGAGAUCUUGUAGUGCUUACUGAAAACGAGCUUGUUACCUUGAGGAUUGUAAAAGGUUACUCUUGA